AAGUGUUCAAGCCUUGAAGCCAUAUUGAAUGCAUAAAUGGAUAAAUACAUAACUGCAAAAUGGAUAAAUACAUAACUGCAAAAUGGAUAAAUACAUAACUGCAAAAUAGAUAAAUACAUAACUGCAUAAAAAACAUUGUUGCUAAAAAUUUACCUGGUGUCUGCAAGUAUAAGAUCAUAAUUUGUUGAUUACUUUACCAUACAGAUUUUUAACCUAGGCAAGAUAUAUUACCAUCAUGAGGUUAGUACAAUUUGAAGAAGGUGGCCAUACACACGUGGGAAUUGAAACUGAUCAAAACAGUGAUAUAGUUGACUUCACAAAAGCUAACCCAGAUGUUUCCACCAUGAUUCAGUUUUUAAAAAAUUGCGAGAAAAAUAUGGAAGAUGCUAAAAGAAUCUUCAAUGACGCAAAGUAUGUUGUAAAGAGGGAGAAUGUUCGGAUUCUUUCUCCUAUCACCCAUCCAGAGAAGAUCAUAUGCAUUGGUAUGAAUUAUACAGAUCAUUGUGAAGAACUUGGAAAACCUAUACCAACUAAUCCUGUAGUGUUCAGCAAAUUUUCAAAUUGUAUUACACAUCCCGGAGCUGGUAUUACAUACCCAAAGUUAACUGAACAAUUAGAUUGGGAAGUUGAGCUAGCUGUUGUUAUUGGAAAAUCAGGUAAAAAUAUUGAGGAGAAAAAUGCUAUGGAACACGUUUUUGGAUACACUGUUGCACAUGACGUCACCGCGCGUGAUUUGAUAUCCAAAAAUGGCGGACUGUGGUUAUUAGCCAAAACAUUUGAUACCUUUCUACCACUGGGUCCAGCAAUUGUUACUAGGGACAGCAUAUCAGCUCCACACAAUCUUGGCAUACGAUGUAAAGUAAAUGGAGAACUUAUGCAAAACUCAAACACAAAAAAUCAAGUUUUUAAAACGGAAAGAUUGAUUUCAUAUGUCUCCCAAUAUGUCCGUGUUAUUUUUAGAUUUACAACUUUAACAGCUGGUGACGUCAUCAGUACUGGCACUCCUCCUGGUGUGGGAUGUUUUAGAAAACCACCAGUAUUUUUGAAGGUUGGCGAUAUUGUCGAAUGUGAAAUCGACGAAAUUGGCCGUUUGCAAAACACAAUCGUAGCUGAGUGAAGAACGGUGACGUCAUAAAUUAUAACGAAGAAAGAAUCUUUUUGUUGUUAUUGUUGAGAGAAAACUAUAAGAAUAUUUUUAAUUUUUUAGUAAAGUAUAAUAUUUUCACAGAAAACAAAAUACUUUUUCGUCAAUUUUUUGUACAAUGAUUUGAAAUAUAUCUAUCUUUUUAACAUA